AUGGACGCCAAAUGUGUCGCCCACAGGGAGGCAGUAGCAGCCAUAUCCAAGAGGUUGCAGGAGUUCUACGCGCGACGCCAACCCUUCCGAGUCUAUCAUGGCUCUACCAACAGCACUCGUGCUUCGGAGAAGAACAGUGACAACACAAUAGACACUAGCAAACUUGUCCAUGUUCUGGGUAUCGAUGAGAACACUAAAACGGCACUGGUAGAACCUAACGUCUCUAUGAACAGUCUUCUCAAAGCAACCAGAACCGCCAACUUGAUCCCGCUAGUGGUUAUGGAAUUUCCAGGUAUUACCGUUGGCGGCGGAUUCAGCGGUUCGGCUGGCGAGAGUAGCUCAUGCCGUUACGGACCUUUCGAUUCAACCAUCAACUGGAUUGAGAUAGUCUUGCCUAACGGAAAAGUUGUGCACGCGUCCAAGACCGAGAAUCCCGACCUGUUCUGGGGUGCAGCAUCUGGUUUCGGAACUGUCGGGAUUGUUACGCUCUUAGAGGUCCAGCUAAGAAAUGCAAUGGCCUUUGUAGAGCUGACGCAUUAUCAUACAACAAGCUUCCCUGAUGCUCGCAAAAAGAUACAAGAGGAGCUUGCAAAUCCUACUGUGGAGUUCGUCGAUGCCAUUGUCUUUUCGCCAAAGUCAGCUGUGGUUUGUUCUGGUCGUCUAGUCGAUAUUAUACCUAUUGGCGUCAAGCUCCGACAGUACUUGCGUCGCAAGGAUCCAUGGUUCUACCUAGAUAUCCAGAAGAGGGUUGAGAAGACGAAGAAACCGGUUGUUGAUUACGUUUUUCUAGCCGAUUACCUAUUCCGAUGGGAUCGCGGUGGCUUCUGGGUGGCCAAACAUGCUUACAAGUACUUCUUCACGCCCUUCAACCGAAUAACGCGUUACUUGUUAGACAACUACAUGCACGCCCGUGUGAUGUAUCAUGCUCUACACAAGAGCCGCCUGUCGGAUACUUAUAUCAUCCAAGACGUCGGCGUGCCUUUCGAUGACGCUGAUAGGUUCUUCAAGUGGGUAGACAAGAAAUUCAACAUCUACCCGAUCUGGCUGUGUCCAUUACGUCUGCGACGCGAUACACCCGAUGCAGCACAUGGACUGCAUGCAAACUUUGCCGACCCGAACUAUCCGGAGAUGAUGCUCAACUUUGGCAUUUGGGGUCCUGGUCCUAGCGACUACAAGAAACUGGUGCGUCUCAACCGCGCAAUCGAGAAAAAGGUCUACGAGCUAGGUGGCAACAAGACGCUAUAUGCCCAAGCCUACUACACCGAGGAGGAGUUCUGGAAAUCUUACGAUCGGCCUGCUUACGAUAGUGUGCGCGAGAAGUAUCAUUCAUCUCAUUUGCCAAGUGUGUAUGAUAAGGUUAAAGUUGACGAGAACGCGAAGAAGAAGGCCAUGGAGGGUUCAAGAAUGCCCGUGAUUCUUCGCAAUGUCCGGCCGUUCCAAGGCUUGUAUGGUGUGUAUAAAGCAUGGCGCGGCGGUGAUUACUUACUGCAGGUGAAGAAGAAGACGUGCAAGUGUAAAUGUAAUUGUGAAGCCAGCAAAUCGUGA